AUGAACAAUGGCAGAAAGUACAGCACCGCCCGUCAACCAUUUGCCUUGGUGCUCGGUGGCCAGAAAUUCUACAUUCUGACCAAUCCAAAGGAUGUUACAGAAUGUUACAAGAAUCUCAAAACUUUGUCGUUCGAUUUAUUUGUAAAGGAACUCAUGUUGAAUUGUGGCAGUUCAACAUCAUGUGUCGAAAAGAUGUGCCAGGAACCCCCUCCUUAUCAAGAUGGAGCCACAACGUCACCCCUGAAUCCGGCAGCAAAGUCUAUUGCUCGGGUAGGUGUUGACUUUCAUCAUAUCCAGUUGCAUCCAGGACCGGACUCGAAAGUCAAUGACUUGACCGAUUCACUUACGAAAUACGUCGAUAAAUGCCUUACCUGGGACAAAGUACGAGCUGAACCUCACUAUGUGCUACGAGAUUCAUCUCCUGGUGUUGAGGUAUCACUCAUGAAACUGUGUGGAAAGGUUCUCAUCGAGGCUGCUACAGUGUCUUAUUUUGGGGAAUCAUUCCUGGAAAUUGACCCGGACCUACUCAAUGUUUUUUACGAGUUUGACGAGGGCAUGUGGCAGUUACUGUACAAUUACCCGCGCUUUAUGUGUAAGGACCUGCAUGCUGCCAAAGAUAGAUUGGUCAAUAAUCUUGCGACGCAUUUUCGGCUUCCUCGGUCACAAAGAUCUGGGGAGGCAUGGUUUACCAAAUCUCUCGAAGACGAGCAGAGACGAAUCGGUCUGACUGAGGAGGAAAUGGGAUCAACAGUUUUGAUCAUUUACUUUGCCCUCAAUGCAAACACAUAUAAGUGGGCCUUUUGGAUAUUCUCCUACCUUCUGCACGAUCCUCAACUCAUGGAGCCUAUCCGCGCAGAGAUCGUGGGAACUAUGCCAGAUGGGAAGCUCAACAUGAAGUCUCUUCUCGAAGAGUGCCCGCGCUUCAAUUCGUUGCUGGACGAGAUACUACGAUUGAAUUCAAAUUCCUCCAGUGUUAGAUAUAUCCUUGAAGACACCAUUAUCGCCGGAAAGACCUUUCGUAAAGGCAAUCGAAUCAUGAUGCCUUACCGCCAGCUCCACGAAAAUGAAGAAGUGUAUGGAGAGGAUGUCUUGGCCUUUGACCCGGAGCGCUUUAUGAAGGACAAGACACUUAGGCGUAGCCCCUGUUUCCGCCCUUUUGGUGGCGGUAGUACCUGGUGUCCGGGAAGGUUUGCUGCAAGGCAAGAAGCAGCAGCAUUUGUUGCUUUCGCCAUGUAUCGGUUUGACAUUUCUCUGGUCAAGAAUCCAGAUGGAUCUGCUCAAGCUUUUCCGAGGCUGGAGAGUGCAAAGCCUUCGUUUGGGAUGAUGGGGGUUGUUGGAAAAGACGAUUUAAGAGUGAGAGUGUGUCCGAGAUUCUAG